CGUUCCUUUUUAUUUCUUAAAAUUAUUAACACAGCUUUUUAGAGAACCUCUCACCAUCUCCAUAAACAUCGCUUCCGCUCCGCUCCGGCCGCCUACCAGACAUAUCUCCGACCGUCAAUCUCCAGAAGCUAAACAUUUAAAAUGGGAAGGAAGAAAUCUGAUGAGGCAGGACCAAGUAAGAGUAAGGGAAGUGGCAAGGAUACUUCCAAAGAAGGAAAGGAGAAGAUUGUGGUAUCUGCAAUGCUUGCUAAAAUGGAGCCUAGCAAGAAAGCUUCUUCUUCUUCAUCUUCUUCUUCUAGAACCACUAGACUCGCCCCAAAAGCUUCAUCUUACACUGAUGGGAUUGAUCUCCCUCCUUCUGAUGAUGAGGACGAGGAAGACGUAGGUCCGGCAGAAACCGAAGCACAAAAUGGUGACUGCAAGCAUGGUGUCAAAGGGCGUAACAGAAAUGAUGCCGAAAAUACCCUCGACGUCUCGAUGACUGACAAAGAGCUAAAGAAACGGGAAAAGAAAGAGAUGCUUGCUGCCCAUGCUGCUGAACUGGCAAAGCAGGAAGCUCUCAGGGACGACCGUGAUGCCUUCACUGUUGUUAUUGGAAGCCGUGCUUCUGUUCUCGAUGGCCAAGAUGAUGCAGAUGCCAAUGUUAAGGACAUCACAGUAGACGGUUUCUCUGUUUCGGCACGGGGAAAAGAGCUUUUGAAGAACACGUCCGUGACGAUUGCUCAUGGCAAGAGAUACGGGCUGGUGGGACCCAACGGGAAGGGGAAAUCAACCCUUUUAAAACUACUUGCAUGGCGAAAGAUUCCUGUCCCGAAAAACAUCGAUGUCCUCUUGGUCGAACAAGAGGUUGUUGGCGAUGACAAGACUGCCCUUGAAGCUGUUGUUUCAGCUAACGAAGAACUGAUCAAGACCCGCAAAGAGGUUCAGGAUUUAUCUGCUUCUGUUUGUGACAAUGAAGAAGAAGAUGAUAACAUAGGAGAUGACGUGGGAGAAAAACUUGCUGAGCUGUACGAAAAGUUGCAGAUAAUGGGGUCCGAUGCCGCGGAGGCCCAAGCAUCUAAAAUACUUGCUGGGUUGGGUUUUACCAAGGAAAUGCAGGGACGUCAAACACGGUCCUUCAGUGGUGGUUGGAGGAUGCGAAUCUCACUGGCUCGGGCACUCUUUGUUCAGCCCACACUACUGCUUUUGGAUGAACCCACCAACCAUCUCGACCUUCGCGCUGUUCUUUGGCUGGAGGAGUACUUAUUCAGGUGGAAGAAAACCCUCGUUGUUGUUUCCCACGACCGUGAUUUCCUCAAUACCGUUUGCACCGACAUCAUCCACCUCCAUGAAAUGAAGCUCCAUUAUUACCGUGGCAACUUUGAUUCUUUUGAAGGUAACUAUGAGAAUCGUCGCAAAGAGGCGAACAAAAAGUAUGAUGAGUAUGAUAGGGCGUUGAAGAACGCCAAGAGAUCUGGGAGUCGGGUGCAGCAGGAGAAGGUAAGGGAUCGUGCCAAAUACGCCGCUGCAAAAGAAUCAAAGAGAAGGGGAAAAGACAAGGGAGGUGACGACGGCGACGAGCCUAAAGCCGAGGCCCCACUUAAAUGGAGAGACUACACCGUCGAGUUCCACUUUCCGGAGCCCACGGAACUCACACCUCCACUUUUGCAGUUGAUUGAAGUUAGCUUUUCCUACCCCAGCCGACCCGACUUCCGACUCUCGAACGUCGAUGUCGGCAUCGACAUGGGGACCCGCGUUGCCAUUGUGGGACCCAACGGUGCGGGAAAGUCAACUCUCCUCAACCUUCUCGCCGGCGACUUGGUCCCGAGCGAGGGAGAGGUACGGAGGAGUCAGAAGCUGAGAAUCGGACGGUACUCGCAGCACUUUGUUGAUCUUCUGACGAUGGACGAGACACCAGUGCAGUACCUCCUCCGCCUCCACCCCGACCAAACGGGGCCCAGCAAGCAAGAGGCAGUCCGCGCCAGGCUCGGGAAGUUCGGUCUCGAGAGCCACAACCACUUGACCCCCAUCGCGAAGCUGUCCGGCGGCCAGAAAUCGCGGGUUGUCUUCACCUCCAUUUCCAUGUCCAAACCCCACAUACUGCUGCUGGAUGAACCCACCAACCACCUGGACAUGCAGAGCAUUGACGCCCUGGCGGCGGCGCUCGAUGAGUUCACCGGAGGGGUUGUGCUGGUGAGUCACGACUCAAGGCUCAUAUCCCGCGUCUGCGACGACGAGGAAGUGAGUGAGAUUUGGGUGGUGGAGGAUGGAACUGUCACGCCAUUCCCCGGGAGCUUUGAUGAGUACAAAGAAGAGCUGCAAAGGGAAAUCCGAGCUGAGGUUGAUGACUGAUUUUGGCUCUGAUGUGUGUCCAAUAUAUAUACAUUUAACAAAAAACAUUAUGAAUUUUCCCAUGUGGUCACUUGUUUUACUAUAUACACUUAUUUUGCGGUUUUGUUUGAAUUGUCAUUUGUUUGGAAUAAUGGAGCUUUUCUUUG